AAUAAGAAAAUUGGAAAAUUGUUUUGGAAAAUUGGAAUAACCAAAUAAAGGAAACUGAAAAAAGCCAAUUCGAAAAUAUUUCGUGACUUUCUGGCUGCCGCGAACACCCUGUGAAACCGAAACUGAUUCGAUCCCCUGUGCAACAACAAAGUGACUCUCUUCGCCCUCUCUUCGGGCACUGUGCGUGUGUGAGUAAGUCGGCGUGUGCGUGUGACCGCUGACAGACGUCUGUGUGCGUGUGCGGUACGCAAAUAAAAAGGGGCAGCCAAAAACUGCUUUGGAUAUUAGAAAAAAAAAAUCAAAAUCAAAAGCUACUAAAAAAUAUUUACAAGAAAUUUUAAAAAUUUAAAAAACCAUCAAGUGAGGGAGUGAGAAAAAAGACAGAAAGAGACAAAAACAGAGACUGGUCGGUGGGUCGAGGCGAUCGACCCCACUGCACCGCCCUAACCCUCGCCGCCGCAGUUCGAGUGCAACGCGUCCAAGAUAACCGUAAAUAUUCCACCCCUCCCCCAGACCCCAACCAUCCCGCUGGCGUGCGCUCUCUACGACCCCCACGAUGUCUCGGCAGUCGGGUCGCACGCCGCUGCCGGGGCGUGGUGGGGGCAUCACACACACACCCACACCCACGUACCCACCGCCCACCCGCAUCCGCAUCCCCAGGCGCAUCCCUCCAUGCCCGCCCUGCAGCAACACCACCUGCAACAGCAACAGCAGCAGCAGCAACAACAGCAGCAGCAACAGCAACAGCAGCAGGAGCAACAACAUCUGCAGGAGCAGCAGCAGCAUUUGCAGCAACUGCAUCAUCAUGCGCACCACCACCUGCCUCAGCCUUUACACACCACCAGCCAUCACCACAGCGCGCAUCCCCACCUGCAACAGCAACAGCAGCAGCAGCAACAUUCAGUCGUCGCCUCCUCGCCCUCCUCCGUGCUGCAGCAGCAGCAGCAGCAGCAACAACAACAGUCAACGCCCACCACACAUUCCACGCCCACGCAUGCGGUCAUGUACGAGGAUCCUCCGCCUGUGCCAAUUGUCGCCGUGCAGCAGCAACAUCUCCCCGCUCCACAGCAGCAGCAGCUCCAGCAGCAGCAACAGCAACAGCUGGCGACAACACCGGUGGCCGGCGCCCUUAGUCCCGCCCAAACACCCACUGGACCCUCCGCCCAACAACAACAACAACAGCAGCAACAUCUCACAUCGCCCCACCAUCAGCAACUUCCGCAGCAGCAGCAAACCCCAAAUAGUGUUGCCAGUGGCGUCUCCGCGAAUCUCCAGCAGCAGCAGCAACAGCAGAAUGCUGCCGUUGCUCCUGGCCAGACCCAGAUCGUUGCGCCGACCACGGCGAGUGUUUCUCCCUCCAGUGUUAGUUCGCAGAAGGAAGACAUCAAUAUGUCCAUCCAAUUAGCGCCACUGCACAUACCCGCCAUCAGGCCCGGUCCGGGUUUCGAGACGGACACCUCGGCCGCGGUCAAGCGUCAUCAAGCGGCGCACUGGGGCUACGCCGAUGAGGGAUUCCACCAAAUUCCAAACUACGCCUCUACAGGGUGCUAUGACCGCAAGCACAUUUUUCCCUACCCCUAUCCAGACCCCCAGUAUUCGCAGUUGUGCUGGCCCAACUACCGCACUGAUCAGAAUGCGGCGGCGGCGGCCUACAUGAACGAUGCCGAGCGCCACGUGAGCGCCGCUGCCCGACAGUCCGUCGAGGGCACAUCGACGUCCAGUUAUGAGCCGCCCACCUAUGCUUCGCCAGGCGGACUGCGCGGCUAUUCCAGCGAGAACUACCCCAGCUCAGGAGCCUCUGGUGGCUUGUCUGUGGGUGCAGUGGGUCCUUGCACACCCAAUCCUGGACUGCACGAGUGGACCGGUCAGGUGUCUGUAAGGAAAAAGCGGAAGCCCUACUCCAAGUUCCAGACCCUGGAGCUGGAGAAGGAGUUCCUCUUCAAUGCGUAUGUCUCCAAGCAGAAACGCUGGGAACUGGCCAGGAACUUGCAGCUGACAGAGAGACAGGUCAAAAUAUGGUUCCAGAAUCGACGCAUGAAGAACAAAAAGAACUCACAGCGCCAGGCCAAUCAGCAGAAUAACAACAACAACUCGAGCAGCAACCACAACCACUCGCAGCCGACACAGCAGCAUCAUAGCGGCCACCACCUGAAUCUUGGCCUGAACAUGGGACAUCAUGCCGCCAAGAUGCACCAGUGACCCUUGGACAACAGCAGCGCUGGCGCCAUGGGCUUUGCCACCUACUAGCAGUUAGCCAAUCCGAGUUCGGUUAAUCCCAACUCGAAUCCCAACCCCAUUUCCGAUCCGAACCAUCAUCAUCUAAUCAAAAACGAGCUGGCCAUGGACUUUCCAUGUUAGCCCCACGUUAGAGAUAGAGACUCCAGCCAGGCCGAGCUCAACUCGGUUGAAUUGUACAAAAAGAAAGAAAGUCAAAGAGAUCUCUAGGAUGCGGAUAUCGAGAGAGGUAGGAAGGAGAAGGAGAAGGAGAAGGAGGAGGAGAAGCAGCUGCCCAGAUGCGCGCAGGCGUCGCUGAUGAGUGACCAACCGGAUGGAUGAUGGACACGUAGUUAGUUAUUAAGUCAGCUCUAUGGAUCUACCAGAUGUAGAACCCACAACCCAACACGAUAAUGCAGCUUAGUUCGGUAGAUGAAUAUAUAGAUACGAUCGUAAGAUGAUGAUCCAGCAGAUGCACUUGAAACUUGGCAACUGUACGAAAAUAUAUGUAUAUGUACGCUCUCUCUAUCUCUCAUUAAACUAGGCGAGCACUAUGAAUUUUCCGAACUAUAAAUUAUGAAUAUGAAUAUAUAUAUAUAUAUAUGAAACUUAAACGUCAGUGAAUAUAAUCCCGCAUAAAUUAUGACAAACGCGUUCGAGUAGUAGAUUUUACCAUAAACUAUCCAUUUAAGAGUUAGGCAGAGCAGAGCAGAGCAGAGCAGAGCACAUUGUAGACCCAGAUAAAAUGUUCUUAAAAACAAAAUAAAAUUGUUUAACAAUUUUUUCGGAUCGAAGCCCCUCUCCCAUCUCAACACCUAACUAACACACACACUCACACUCCGCAGUCUAGGAUAAAUUUUGUCGUGUAAUGUUCGUCGUGUCGUGUCCUUUGAUACCCUCUAAGUUCCUGUAUAUAAACUAAGACAUCGCCCUGAUUUCCCAGGCGAAGCAAGCACUCGAUAACUAAAUUUAAAAACCAGAAUUAUAUAUAUGGCUGAUAAGCAAGAGAUAUUCAAUAUUUGUAUGAUAUGAACUCGAAUUCGAUUUUAGCAAAUGGUUAAUCGUAAGAAGCAAACGAAAUUUCAAUGAGUGUGUGCAUGUUUACUCCAUAGUUGAAGUCGCUUUCGAAUUAAACUUAAAACUAAAACGAAAACUAAAACUAAAAACUAAAACAAAAAACUACUCGUAAAGCUAAAGCAACAAAAAGAAAAACUAAAAACUAAAGAGAAAAGUACAUUUUACUGAUUGAUGUAAAGAGAGAGAGAGCAGAGCGAGUGAUGUAAGAGAGAGUGUGAAAAAGAUGUUGGAGAUGGGGAGAUGUCGAAGAGGAGGACGAGAAGUAAUUAGCAUACCGUAACAGCUACUUAUAUAACUUACACAUAGUACAUAUAUAUAGUAAUCGUACAUAUGCAUACAUAUAUUUUCAUGUGUAUCGACCGCCGCUUGAUCCUGAUAUUAAGUCUAAGUUUAGUUGUGUUGUGUAAUUAUCGAUUUUGUUAAUGUUUUGCCCCCGAGCAUUAUAUUAUAUAUGCUAGAGAACCCUAUACCUAUGCCUAUAUACACCUAAACCUACAACCACUACACCUAUGCCUGUCAUUACAUGUGUAUGAUUAGCCUAUAUACAAACUUGAUGAUGAUGAUUUUCACACCCCCUCCACACCCCCAAAACUGCUUUAUUCAUGUUCUUGUAUUAUUAUUAUUUCUAAACCCUCGAUAAGUUGUAGUCUAAAUAUCGGUUAUGUUUAUGAUUAUGUUCGAUUAUAGUUUGUUUAGUGAAUUUUAAUCUAGCGUUAGCAAUUCUCUUUUUUAAAAAGUUAAUUAUUGUGAAUAAAAUACAACAAGUUGCAGAAGUGCAAAAAUAUACACACACACACACACGCACAUAUAACUAUCUUCGCGGUAUCAAGUUUUCCAUUCCCCCUUUCUGAUUUUUCCCAACUAACUAUUUCGGUAAGUACGCCCAUAGAGGAGGAUGUUACAGACACAUCGCAAGCGACCUCUCACCAUCGAAUUUAUUCAUAGACAUCCAGAUACUCGUACUCGUACAGAGCGUUAAGCAAAAGAUACGUAUGUACUGCACUGUACUUACUCGUAAGCGGUUCAGUAAUCAGUGAUCAGCAAUCGACACACUCUCAGCCAAAAGAAAAAGAAAAACGGAAAAAGCUUUCUGAUCAUCCAAAAUACACUUUCUAAACAAAUUUUGAAUUUUUGAGAAUUUCUUACUUUCCUUUGGUUUUCCCUGAUUUUUCGUUUGGUGACUUUUCUUUGCCAGUGGUAUUGUAAAACAGCGCUUAAAUAAAUUAAAACUAGAAUUAAUAGUCUUGUUUCGGCAUAUGUCUUAAGAUUAAAUAAAUUAUUAUGUAACUGUG